GAUCAGAAUUCAUUUUAUGAAUAUAGCCAAUGUGAACAUCAGACGCAACGAAUUCCGUCGCAUACUAUUGGAUUGGUCGAACAAGAAGAUCACGACAACAAAAUGUUGAAACUAUUCGGCUCGAGUAAGCUGAAGAUCAACAAGGUUAUACUCGAUUGUGGAAAGUCGGCGCUGCACUUUCUAGCCGAGGUGUACAACGGGGAUCAGAGACGCGAUUCGGGAAAAUGUACCCUGCAAAUGAUGAAUUACCUCUUGAAUAAUCCGAGGAAAAAUUACCCGGACAGGUUCGGCUUUACUUACUUGCACGGGGCUUGCAUGACCGGCAACAUAGCGGCGGUGAACUUACUAUUGAACCAAGCCGGCGUCGACGUCAAUAUCGACACCUACAGCUGUUCGCCGUUACAUCUGGCCGUUCGCUACCGUCACGAGGACGUGGUAAAGCUCCUGCUAGAGAAAGGGGCCGACCCGAACAAGCAGGACGAGGAGCUCGCGACGCCGCUUCACGCCCUCGCGAGACUCAGCCUGUGCGACUGCGUGUCGAGCAACUCGUUCUGCGACCGUAGGCGACCCUGCGACGAGAUAAUUCGACUGCUCGUCAAUUACGGAGCCAACGUGGAGGCGCGCGACUGUCACCGGGACACUCCGCUGCAGUCGGCCAUGAGGGUCUUCGACACGGAGCUGGUGCGGGCGCUGCUGCGGCACGACGCCACAGUCAGCAAUCUCGACCAGGACAGGAUGUUCCGCGGCAAGUUCUGCCGGCUGCCGGCGCAGAAUUAUCCCGUGACGUUGAACCUGAUCGAGGCGACGCGAUCGCUCAUCUCGGCCGAUUUCAGAAUGAACAUUUCCACCUCGCUGAGAAUGAUGAAGUAUUGGAUAAGGGCGAGAGGAAACGAUAUCGAUCAUUGCAUCUCUGGUCUCUAUGACAACGACGCCGAUCGAGCUCUGAGCAUCUUGAACCAGUACAAGAGAAUAUUGUAUCUGCACGACGAGUACGACUUUUACUUUGACGACAAAGCUUUGCGUCACCUUUACGAACAAAUCCACAGGUACACUGUGAAGGCUGCGCCUUACCGCAACGACGACUACGAGCCCGAGUCGUGCUUCAAGAAGAUAUGGACGAGGGAGAUCGACUACAUGAAAUUCAUCAAGUUGAACGAGAGGGUCUCGCUCUAUCAACUGUGCCAGAUGAGCUACAGCCAGGGUCACAAGAUAUUGAAAAAUAUGAGGGACUGGCGCUGCCCAGCCAUGGAAGAUAUCUCGUGCAACGGCUACCUGAUCCACGUUUUCGUCAAGAGGCACGUCGCCAACAUCAUGAUAAGGUCGGAGCUGGAGCUGUUCGCGGCGGAUCUCUUCAUGUCCGAUCACUUGAACUUGAGUUUGCCGUACACCGCGUGCCGUAAGGUCGCCGAAUUGAUGAGCGACGAGGAUUUGUUCCGUUGGUGCGACGAGACGAGCGAGGAGGGCGUAGGGCAGCCGCCGAGAAAGAGACAACGCCUGUGUUAAAUAAAAUAAAACACUGGGCGAAAUUUGUAAAGAGUUAGCCCAAUACUCGGAGCUUUACCAAAGUCGUAAUAGGCGAACCGCGUAACGCUUGAUAAUAUUUUAUCACGACGUUAUGCUUUUUAACUUGCUUUAUACUUGUGAUGGAUUGGAAACAAUUAUUAAUAUUUAUAUUAUAUUAAUAUAUUAAAUAUUAUAUUAUAUUAAUGUUUUUAUAUUCCAAAAUUUUAUGUUCAAAUGUGUAAUGUGGUUUGAAUUUUUUUUCAAAAAGAUAAUUAAUUUAUGAAUUGAACCUGUGAACGAGGUACAUUGUAAAAUAGGAAUACAUGAACCAGUAUUAAAAACCACUGAAC